AUGAACGACUUUUUGCCUCCACCCGAGCCUGAGACGUCGCCGCAGCCGACAGACUCGACUAGUGUCAUCGGAACCGAAUCCAUGGUCAGUGAAGAGCUUGAUAGAGUGGACGAGGCAAAGUCCGAAACGGCUGCGACGGCGAUUUGGCAGCCCAAAUGGCUAAGACCCAUUGUUCUCGUAUCUUUCGCAACCCUAUUCGUGGUCUUUGCGUUGGUUCUAUCUCUCCUCCUCUGGUACUCCCAGCGCCACGAUGGAGUCGUCGCAGCUCGACAGAGCUUCGUGUACAUAUGGCGGUUUGGCCCAACAGCUGUCUUCAUUCAGUCAAUUAAGCAGGAGCAUCAUCUUCUCUCGCUCGUCAUCGUCACGUCGAUUAUCCUUACGGCCCAGAUUGCACUAGCCCCCGGCUUGUUUAGCCUGGCUACCGUUCGUGCUGAGUACGAUGUCAGCAUCCAGACGCUGGACUCCUUCGACACCGAAAAGUAUGCCAACGCAAGCGAGAUCCCGCAGGAAACAAGCGCGUUCUACAACGUGCGCGCGAUCCGGGACUUCGACAUGGCUUAUCCCUUCGGUGUCAACGACGAACUCGCCUACCAAACCUUUAGAUCCCGGGGAGAUAAGUCUGACGGCUCUCGGGGUACUGUCCGAGAACCGCUGAAAGCCGUGGUUGACGGUCUUUUCGCGGAAGUACAGUGUCUGGAGUACACUUUCGACGUCGAGCUAUACUUCGAAGGGUGCGACAAGGCCAUCUCGGUGGAGUACGAGUGGAAUCCCCCACCACGACCGAGGAAGUCGGGCCAGUGGAUGAUCGACAAUGAGCUCUCGCCAGAGAGAUCGUGUUCGAGCCUCCCGCAAAAGAACAAGCAGUUCGUUUACUACGCGGCGCAGCUCGGAUCAUUGGUCAAGAACUCUUCGAGUCCUCCAUGGCCUGUCAUUGGCAAAGCUGCCGCUGUGAUCUGUACCUCUGCUGCAUGGUUGUCAAAAGUGGAGGUUUCGGAUGACGGUAUUAGUCCCAACGUCACUUUGAUCUCGAACGAGGAAAAGACACCAAUUGCCGCCAACCCGUGGGACUUGGUUAGCAAAGCAACUCCACACAUAUUCUCCGUCAACGGCUACGAUCCGGAGACCACCGAGCAUGUCGAUGAUCCGGUUAGUUUGGACUGGCUCAGGGAUGGCGCUGCUAACACAUCCGACUCUUCUUUGUACGAGAACGAUAUUCUGCUCAAUUCAACUAAGAAGGUGGUGCAGGUCAUGAUCCCAUUUCUUGGCCACUAUAUCAUCCGGGAAAAGGGUGGCUGGUAG